AUGGCGAAAAAUUCUGUUUUGUUGGCUUUGCUAGCUCUCAGUUUCUCCUACCUCACUUCGGCAUUUGAUCCAUCACCAUUGCAAGACUUCUGCGUGGCAAAAGCCACAACCACAGUGAAACUGAAUGGCCUGGCGUGCAAGGAUCCAAGCCGCGUUCAUGCAAAUGAUUUCUUCUUCAGAGGCUUGCACAUUGCUGGCAACACAUCAAAUGCUGCGGGCUUCGGGGCUACACAAGUAUCCGCAGCUCAAAUACGCGGACUUAACACUCUCGGCAUCUCACUGGUUCGCCUUGAUUUUGCACCGGGGGGAAUCAACGCCCCACACAUUCACCCCAGGGCCAGCGAGAUGCUCACGGUUCUUGAUGGAGCUCUUGAAGUUGGCUUCGUAACUUCUAAUCCUGAUAACAAGCUUUUCGUCAAGGUUCUUCAGAAAGGGGACGUCUUUGUGUUUCCAGUGGGACUUGUCCACUACCAAAGAAACGUCGGUAACAGCAAUGCCGUUGCGCUUUCUGGUCUCAACAGUCAAAAUCCUGGCCUCGUAAGCGUUGCUAGUUCUGUCUUUGGAUCAGAACCAGGAAUCAGCAGAGAAGCGCUCGCCAAGGCGUUCCAAAUUGACGCGAACACUGUCGAUAAAAUUAAUGUAUCCAAGUUCUAG